AUCCACAGUAUAUCUUGUUUUUCAAGAGUACGCUCAACAGAACCACAUUCAUAAUUCUCUGCCACGACUGGUGACCUAGUCCCCGAUCAUCUUCCUGUCACCAGGGGCUAGCCAUGCCUUGCUUCAAGGGCCUGGCUGUGAGCAUCCACACUCCGGAUGGCCCUUUGCCAGAAUAUUCCAUUCAAAAGCAAUCGAAGUAUUCCAGGAUUACGUCUUACAUUCCAGUGCCACCUCCAAGAAUUCCACCAGAUUCGACGACUAAGAAGCCUGAACAGUCCACAUUUGCAAUAUCGAUAACUCUCCUCACACCUGGUUUGACUGUGCCUUAUUCAACACCGAAGCCUACAGAGGAAGAACCAUUCCCAAAACCGAAAUAUGUUGGAGAACUCCCUGGAUAUGGAAGUACUCGUGGUCGAUACACCAGUUCGAUCGGGCCUUAUAUUGCCCUCACCGGCUCUCCGAAUGAAACAGUUGCGGCUUAUAUUUACUUUGAUGGACGACAGAAGGAAGAAGUGGCAACCCUUCUAAGAAGAGGCGAGGAGACCUGGGUCAAUUCAAGAUGGGUCAGCGUUCCGGAAUCUGAAGGCGGCGGCCUCGCCGAGCGCGAAUUUCUUUUCCGUGAAGUUGGCCUAGAGAGGUGGCUGAAUGGCCUAGACUUGGAAGGUAAAGACGCUGCAGCGACGAUUGAGAAGCGGAGACAACGAUUGGAGAGGAAGCUUCGUAAGAAAAGAGAAGCCAAGGAACGUGCUGCUGCGGGGAGCGAGAUGGACAUGGAGAAGGAUAGCGAGGGCGGCAAGGAAAGCAAAGGAGUGCUGCGAUACGGUGCAGAUGAACGAGCACCGAUUCAAAGGAUGACCGAGGAAGAUGGCCUUUUUUCUUCUGAUUCCGACUCAGAAGAUGAACCCCCGAUGCCCGAAGCUGCUGGACAGAUAAAGGUCGCCUUGUUUCGCGUUCUUGCCUCCGGCGAGAUUAAAAAAGGAGAAUAUUCUCCUCAAUUUGACGCACAUGAUGAUGAUGAGGACUCUCAAGCAGGCUCGAAUGGUAAUGCAAAAGGGUCGGGAGGCGGAGAUGCGGACGUCGAUCAUACAACAAGUUUUGCCAAACCAAAAACUUUGGACCCGAAAUCGAUAAGCACCCAAACUGUGACCGGCAUUGAUGGCCCUGAUAAGCCUUAUGCAGUCUUCACCUUCCUGUAUCGAGGCGAGAGGCAAUUGCAAAAAAUGGGCAUUCUACCAUCCUCGAGAGACACAAGCACAACUCCGGCUUCAGGGAAGCGCAAAUCUGUGCAGACAGAUUUUAGCAAAUUAGGCCCGUUGAAUACCCGGGGCACCGUUGGUUUUGCCGCUUUCCGUGACAAUGAUGCCCUCCUGCCUUCGUCCACGUACAAAAAGGGGAAAUCGGGCAAAAGCUCAAGAGACGCAAUGGACAGCGACGAUGAAGACGAUGAUGCUGGCAUCGUUGGUAAACUUGAAGAUAUCGACAACAAUGUCGAUGGUUCCGAUUUGCUUUCUCCGGAGGACGCGAAACGGCAAGGUGAACUUACAGAAGGACUUCGCAAUAUCAAGUUAAAACGACAGCAUUCAGCCGAUCCGCUCAGCGAUGCGACACCACCGGCUCGCAAAUCUCCAGCAUUGGAUCCCUCCGUGACGGUAUCUGGCUCUACGCCGCCAACUUUUAGCCUCAACACGCCCGUCAACGCAGGCGAAGAUUCCACCGAUGCGAUAGUUGGCAGUCCGUUGAAGAAACAACGGGCAAGUCUGUCGGGCUUGGACGAGGAAAUGAUGAGGAAGCGUCUGGAAACCGGUCCUGGUAGCGUCAAAGAAUCGGGGAUUGCUCCCAAAGCAGAGCCACCUUUGGAAGCAGUAAAGAAGGAAACCGUGCCCGCUACAGCCAACGAAGACGAAGAGUUGUAAAUCGGGGGCUGUGGAAGCUGCUCGUUAGCACGCCGCAUUUUUGUUUCCUCUCCACGGGGUCCGAUAGAUGCGCUGCUUCAGUUGCAAGCCGCAAGCUCAUGCUAUUCACGAUCGCCAAGCUGCCAAUUGGUUUGUUUCAAAUCCUUUGAUCUCCGACGCGGGAAAGCGAUGCUUCACAGCUGCGUCAGCAAGAUGUUUCGUGCUUUCAGGUCCGGGAAGAUUCAUGCGCAUGGCUCAUCUCAUUGCGCUUUUCUCGUG